AUUUUUUUUACAUGUAAAUGUCCAAUAAAAUAUUUCUUUUAUUUUAUCGGCAAAAUAGUAAUGGGCGUCCUUUACAGGUGUUUCCUCUGAGGGAGUACUGGGCCCGUUGGGCGGACCUGAUGUGGCACACGCGCCGAAUAGCCCCCGGACGCUUAGUCGUCAUGAGCGUCUCGAUGGCUGGCUGCUCGGGUCUUCGUCAAGCAGCCGCUGACUUCCUGGCCAAGUUGGGCUCUCUGUUCGCCCAACACUUGACGCCUUCAACCCACUGGAUCUGGGUGUUCGUCAUGGGAGGCCGCACUAUUUCGGAGGCGGCCGUGAUAGAAGGCAGCUCCGAUGUCAACAUUCACACGACUCUGGCACUGAGUGAGGACCCUCCCCUUCACCAGAAGACCCUCAGAGGCUCAGAGCAAAGACGCUGGCAGUUUUGCGACACAGAGGAUGGGAUGGGAGGCCUCUGUAAUGAAUACGAGCCAUCCCCAUUGCCCCUGCCAACACCACCAGGCCUGAGGCAUGCUUCGAAGGAUGCCCUUCAGAAUGUUCCCGUCAUAGUAACAGCGGGCGUAAGACACCAGUAUCUGUACCACUCCUUAAGUACUAUUCUAUCGGCUGCAGGGGUUCAUCCCAACAAUAUUUUGGUGGCUCUGGGCGAUGCGCCUAAACCCACCAGAGAAUUACUGGGCCUUCUUGGCAUGAAAUACACCAUUCUGCCCACUCACGGGGAUGGCAACACGAAACUCUUUCGAUAUUACAAAAAAGUCUUUCAACUCAUAGUCGGUCGCUUCCCGAAAGCCCAGAAUGUGAUCAUUAUCGACGAAGACGUGGAAGUCUCGCCAGAUUUCUUUUCCUUCAUGAGCCAAACGAUGUGGCUCCUGCAGCAGGAGCCCUCCCUGUACUGCAUCAAUGGUUUAGGCAGACCUCAAGGGCUGGCCUACAACAGCAGUAAGGUCCUUCGUGGAGAGGCCCAAGUAUCCUGGGGCUACGCCAUAUCCAUCGCAUUUGUUCAAGAGGCAUUAAAUAUAUGGCUGCAAGCGCCUGACGACCUGGGCAGCCACUAUGACUUCUGGCUCUAUGUUCACGUGGCGAAGGGAAGAGAAUGCAUCUUUCCCGAAGUCAGCAGAUCGAGGCAUUACGGCACCGGCAUCAACACUGAUGGAUUCAUAACGGAAAAAUAUUUCCUGUCUAGUCCCUUAGAGAAAGGAUGGGGCAUCGAGCUCCCCAACACGAAGAGACUUCGGCUGGCAGCGUGGCGCCAAGAUCUAUCUGCGAGUAUAAAGCGCGCCAAAGUUCUGGAAGGCAACCCCUGCAGCAGGGCCUUCCUGCCUACACCCACCCGCCCUGCCACCUUCGUCUUCUACGUGAACAUGAACGAGACCCCCGACGGAAGGCCUGACAUCUCCGACUAUUUUCCGGUAGCCACCUGUCUGGGGGGCUGGGGGCUCUCCCCCGUCGGCCUCCAUGAGGGGGUGGCGACCUUCACGGUCUCCUUCAACGUCACGCUCCACGUCAUGGGAGUCCCCUACUCUUCGUACGCUCACCUUCGUCAUCCCCACAUCAAGCCUUGGACCCUGGAAGCAGCAGGGAACGAAGACAGGAGAAUUGUGGAAGAGGCCCUCGCCCACAGCAGUCGUCUAGCAGUCGGCAAUCUGAAUCUGACAUCAGGUGACCUCAUGCACAAACUCAUCAACGAGUCACUCCAAAGAGGGCACUGAGACACACACACAUAGAGGUCUGCCAUAACCUACAAAUGUUUACGAUUUAAAAACAAAUACCAAUAUCAGCCAACAAAGAUCUCAAUACAGAAUAAAGGUUGAGUCGCUUUGACAAUUAAAAUUAAUUCCCUAUUGAGCGCUGUAGAAGUAGGUCAUCAGUGACCACGGGUACUAUCAAUUUCAAAUUUGUAUCUGCACAAAACAGACCGCAGGUUGUGACCUUCAUUACUGCAAGUGCGCAGAAGCGCAAACGGUAAGAGACAGCAACUGAGGUACAGUCCAUAACAUCAACACCAUAUAAACUCAAACCUACCUAUCCUUGAAAAUAAGAUGGGAAGUCCCCUGCGUAAUGACUUCCAAUGGAAAAACUCAAGACACCAAGGUUGCUGGAAAAUUGAAUGAGUAUUCAGUCGUUUCCCCGCAAAGAGGCUUUCAUCAAAUACACGAAAACUGGAUUUUGAAGCAUAUUAGAAAAAAAAGAUAAAAAUACACCAAUGAUUUUAAUAAGUGAAUAUGUAACUGGAAUUUGGUAUAUUCAUAAAAUAAUGCCCUUAGCAUGAAUUAAGUAUGAUUUCGUUUAUAAAAAGUAGAAUUUCCAAAACAAGAUCUAUGUUGUUCAAAGCACUUGCCCAUAAAUGUAACAUAUCUUUUAGUU